AUGGCGACCCGCGGUUACCAUUCUCUGCCGUUCGUCUCCAAGGUGCCUAAGGGCAGGCGAACACAGCGUCGCCACCCAUCGCCUCUGUCGCUGUCGCAGCAGGACAAGCCACUUCCGCCGCAGCCGCCUAUCCGACAGCCGUUUCCGUCUGUAUCUCCGGCUCCGACACAGCGCAACCAGGCGAGUUAUGUCGUAUGUUCCCAGUGCGGUAAGGUGUUCUCUUCCUACCAGGCCUUGGGGGGCCACAAAGCCAGCCAUCAUAAGUUCCCCGCCGAAAACAAGCCUCACGCUUGCUCUUUUUGCUCCAAGUCGUUCGCGACGGGGCCAGCGCUAGGCGGGCACAUGAGGGCUCACUACGAGAGGAAGAGACGGCAAGCCGCAGCCGAGAACAGGCCGAUGGCUGGGCCAUCGUCCUCGCUGACUGAGUGCUCGACGGCGAUGGGCUUGUUAAUUGACCUCAACCAGGAGGCGAUGCCGGAAGCGGAAUUGGCUAAGGAAGAGGAAACGGUGAGCUCUCAUCUGCCGGCGGCGGCCACCUCUCCCCCUCCUCGCUUCUUUACUUUCUUUUAA